AUGAGUGGUACUACUAUUACUACAACGACUAUUACAUUUAUAGAUAUAUUUAGAAAUUGGUUUAUUAGAAAAUCGAUAUUUAAUGCAAUCGAAUCGAUAGACGUUACAACUACAAGUCUCUCCUGGGUCAAAGGUAGAUUGAUAAGAAACAAUACAAAACAAAUGUUAAAGUGUGGAGUAGAUUGGAGUUUUAUUAAACAUCAUAAACAUCAAUUUAAAUUGGAUAUUAUAAACAAACAUAUAUUAUUAUUAGAUCAAUUAUUGAUCUAUUAUUGUUCACAUCCACAAGCAAAUCUUUCAACAUUGAUCAAUAUACUACUUUACAUUUAUCCAUUCGACUAUCAACCAAAUGGAUCAAUAUUCAAUCAAGCAUCAGAAAGUGGACAUAUAAAUAUUGCAAAGUAUUUACAUUAUCGAUACCCAAACAUAAAAGGUGUAACAUAUGAUGCAAUGGACUGUGCAUCUAAAAAUGGUCAUUAUUUUAUUGUACGCUUUUUACAUUACAAUCGAUCAGAAGGAUGUUCAAAGAUGGCAAUUGAUUGGAGUAGUCGUAGUGGAUACGUGUCAAUUGUAUCAUUUCUAACCGAUCAUCGUACAGAAGGUAGUACAAAAUUAGCUAUGGAUUAUGCUGCAGAAAGUGGGAUGCUUCACAUUUUAAAAUAUUUACAUUACAAUAGAACAGAAGGAUGUUCAAAGAUGGCAAUUGAUCAAGCAGCAUUUAAUGAACAGAGGGAUGUUCUGUUGAUGCUAUAG